GCAGUGGAGGGUGACAAAGCCCUGUCAUGCACAGUGCCGACCCAGUACUACGAAGCUCGUGAGUCUCCCCAUCUCUGCUUGUGUUUUGAAAUCAGAGUAUUUACUCGUCUAACUGUUGAAGGUUCGUCUUUGCAGAUAGUAGUACGAGGUUCGAGCUCAGCAGGGAGGAAUUCGAGGUGAUAGAGGACAUUUACAAGAGACCUCUGAAGCUUCGGCACUUCGAUCACCUGAUUGAUAGAAGCAGAUACUUCUUGGACUUCGGGCUUAUGGCGUCCAGAGACAAAUUCAAGAAGAGGGAAUACCCGGCUCCGGAUAUGGCCUCCAUCUUGAAGGCCACUUCUACUGCGAAGGCGAGGCCUCUGAAACCCGGGUCUAGUGGGGCAAAGGAGGUCCGAGGCAGGGUUGAGCGCCUGUCCAAGGACUGCACUCCCAGGGCCUCGGAAGAGGCAUCUACUCAGAGGCCAGAGAAGCCUAAGGAGCCUCGGGGCAAGGAGAAAGUCUCUGAAGAGACUAAGAAGAGGAAGCUGGUGCACAUCUCCAGCUCAGCUGGCAAGUUUGGGACUUCAGUGUCCCAUAGGGCAGAACAAACUGGAGAGCCGAAGCUUCUCGCUGCAGCCUCUAAGGCCAUCAAAAUGGAGAUGGUAAGGGAGGUGGAGGCUGAAGAGGCCAGGGAAGAGGCUGUCAGGCGAGCUGCUGAGGCAGCCGAAGAGGAGGCGGCGAAGGAGAAGCCAGUUCGGGAGAAGGAGAAGUCUCCAAACUUCCUAGCUGGGAGGGAGGAUGAGCUGGCCCCAGCUCUGGUGGAGGCUCUCCCUGAGGAAAUCCGAGGUGCCACCGAGAGCUUUUACAAGUUCUGGACGGAGAGGUGGCAGCUUCAUGCCUCGUCUUGUGAUGCCACCGACCUCACGAGGGCACUGGUGAGCCAAAGCGCCCGGACCUUUGGCCUCGCGCUAGAAUGCAGGGAGGCAUUAAGUGAAUUCCAAACAAGGACUCACGCCUCGGAGGGGAAAGCUGCUUCCCUCGUUGAGGAGGUCAAAGCUGCUAAGGCCGAGGCCGAAGAAAUCAAAGCACAGAGGGCUGAAGAAGCGGCGAAGCUCGAGUCCGCCCUGACCCAAAUUGAGGCCCUAAAGAGGGAAGUAUAUGAGUCUCAGUGCGAGGUGGCCUCUCUGACGAAGAAGGUGGAGGUCUCCAAUGAGCACCAAAAGGUGACUGCCGAGGUUCUGGAGCAGGCGAAUCUCGCCUUGGCCAGCGCUCGUGAUGCCAAUCAGUUUCUCGAAGGCCAGUCGAAGUGGUACAUGAACGACGCCUCGGUUGCCAGAGAAGAGGCCCGGAAUGCAGCGGAAGAGGCGCGCGUACUGGAGGAACUUCGCCUAUGCGAAGUGCUGGAGAGGGAAGAGGAGCUUUAUCCAAACUUGGACCUGGCACAACUUAGGUCCGAAUUUGUGGAUGAGGUUCCUCAGACCCCAGCUGAGGAGGUGCAGGGUGACGAGGCAGCUGAUGCCGAAGCCCCAGAUGCUGAGGCAGGGGAAGCAACCACUAAUGCCCAGGUUGCCGAACCCCCAAGUGCUGGGGCGCCGCCUUCAUCCAGCCAGGUGGGAAUUCCACCGACCCACAUGACAUUAGGGGCCCCGGUUGAAGGCCGUAGGAGGUGCUCGAUAGGUACUACAGUGAGUAGUUCUGAGUCCUUGCUACUAGCCAGCUUCGAGAGUGCGUCCGCAUGA